CAAAGACAGUAAAUCCCAGCAGCCAACAGCAAGCAGAGUAGCUAUCCAGCAACAUCAACACAUCAACACCAUCAGCACAUCAAAGCGAGAGAUCAAGGAGAGAAACCGAUCAGCCCUCGAAGGAAGACAUUCCGCUUUUCCUUCCUUCCUUUCCACGUCUGUCCCUCUGUCCGUUCCUUCCACCUUUACCUUUUCCCCUCUUCCCUAAGCGCCGAGCAUACAUCUAUUGUCUAUCUCACUCUUCACUCAUUUCAUCCUCUUCACUCAAACGUCGGAUAAGUGAUAUUGAAUUUUCGACAGCGUCGAAAACUACAAUAUACGAAAUGACAGAAUCGAACCUUACUCAUGUUCACCACCACGGACAUGGACAUACCCAUACACAUGUACAUGGACAAAAUUACAAAUAUCAACCAGAGGUGGUAUAUGAUUAUAUAGAAACUCUUGAUCCUAAUCUUAUGUGUGCAAUAUGUCAAUCAGCCUUAGUCGACCCCGUUACCACGGCAUCUUGUAAGCAUACUUUCUGUAGGGAUUGUAUUACUCGUGCUUUGGCCGAGAAACCUCAAUGUCCAAUAGAUAGGAGUGCUUUGACCACGGCCAGUUUAAGAGAUACGGAACAGCUUGUCAAGCUGAUGCUGGACGAACUCAAGGUUCGAUGUGCGGCAGACGAUUGUGGAAAAGUCAUGCAACGGGGAUUAUUAUUGGCUCAUGUCAAAACUUGUCAGAAAACUUUGGUCACUUGUCAAGGUGAUGAUUGUGGACUAUCGAUGGCUAGACACAGAUUAUCCCAUCAUAGAGCUUACGAAUGUUUUCAGAGACAAAUGGAAUUCGCAAUGUACGUUGAGGAUUACUAUUCGAGAAAACUUGCUAAUCGGCAGGCACAUUCGGAGCAUGUCGAUGUCUCUGAAAAGGUGUGCGAGUUGUGUCAAGAGUCUCUCGGCCCAAACCCUCACCUACACGCUUGGAUUUGUCCCCUCGCUCCUGUUCCCUGCACCCACAACGCCAGAGGAUGUGCCUCCGUCCUCACCCGCUCUACACUUGCUGAGCAUCUCGAAACAUGUCCUUACGAACGUCUCUCCGAAUUCUUCUUAGCUCACGACGCUCGUAUGACGUUCCUCGAAAACAAGUUUCGGUCAAUGGACGAAGAUGUCGGUGCUCUAAGACGCGAGAUUGCUGUUUUGCGUGAACGGGAGGCUAGGAACAGAAAUGGCUUAGGUGCAUCCAUCCCCAGAGCUGGGAUCUACAGUCCUCGAGAUUGGGCCGACAGACGCGACAGGCUAGCUGCGGAACUCUCCAACCCUCCGUCAGAACUCGUCCCGGAGGCUCGAGACAGGCCUGCGGCCGUUGCUCCUGAAAGCACAGAUACUUCCCGUUCAUCCUCCACUUCAUCACUUUCUUCUGCAAGCGAAAGCGACGCUGCUACAGGUAUCGUCAACCUCGCCGUCCCCGUUCCCCGACGAGUAAUACCACAUCGAGUCACCAGCAUCAAUGAUCUCGCCAAUGUUGGCAACUCCAACAUCACACCUCGUGCCGCUGCCGAUCUACGAGCAUCACGCGGCUCACGAGAAUUGUUCACCCCUAGUUUCGGAUCUCAUCAAUCUUAUGCUGAUUUCGCCUUCAACCGUCUGUCGGAACUCAGGAAUGUGCCUGAUAUCACGGAAGCACUUCGAAGUGUUGUCGGACAUCUAGCUGCUGGUAUGGAUACUAUGGAAAGGAGGAAUGAAGUUCGUACCAUGACGGAAACCCUCCGUGUACUAGAAGAAAUUGGCAGGUUACAAGCUAUAGUCAAUACAAUCAGAAUGCAAGUUAUGAUUGACCGUCCUGCUCCAUCUCCUCUCCGAUCAAAUUUCUCCCUCCAUCAACCUCCUAUAUCUUCACAGACCGACAGCAAUUCUUCCACUCGAAUUCCGUAUCAUACCCAAACCACAGUAGUUGAAGAAUCUACUCGUCCAUCUCAAGAAAUCCCUCUUCCCCCCGGUCCAAGAGUAGCAUCAAAUAGCAGAUCACCCUCUCGAGAAAGAGAAGAAACAGCUUCAAUCACGGAAAGUGUCGUAUUCUCUCCUCUUCCUCAAAACGCAGGAUCGAGCACUACGUCACUCGUCUCGGCCAAUGGAGGUUAUCCCAGGGGAUUACCGAUGGGUUUACCUGUGGGUAAUGGAGAAGAAAGAGAAGUCGCUUCGAGUAUAAGGAGGACGGUACAGAGUAGAAGGAUGAGUUUACCGAUGCCUAGUAGUUUUUUGAGGAGACAGAGACCUCAAGGACCUGGUACGCAGAGGUAG